AGUUUUCCAAAUUCUGGUCGGACAAGACAUCGCACCAUGUCCGGUUUAUCGUCACACAGUAUCAACCGAAGAAGAAGAAGAAGAACAAGAGAAGAAGAAGAUCCAGUAGAGAGAGAAACUAGAGAGAGAGAGAGAGGGAGGGACAGGCGACACCUAACUAGAUAAACCAACAGAGCAUGCAAAAGCUGAAGCGAUCAUCAUGGGUUUUUAUUGCUCGAUUCACAUGAUUUCGCCUCUCUCUUCUCUCUUCUCCCUGUCUAUCGUGGUUUGACCUCUAAUCACAGCCAUGGCGGAGACUCCUGAGGAUGUGGAACUGGUGUUGGAGUUUCUGAGGAAGAACGGCUUCACAGAGACGGAAUCUGCUCUGAGAGAGGAUAUCAGCGAUAGAAACCAACUGGGCACUUUCGAUUUCGAGAAGUUUCUGUUCCCGUUCCCGCCGCCGGUGAAGAUUCCGGCCAACAUCCGGCUGCCGGAUUCCACUGGAGAUUCUGGGUGUGAUGGGUCGAGGUCUGUCGGUGGUGGGUCUUCUUCAGACGACGAGUUCAUCAGCUUGGAUUCCUCUACCAGUGGCUUCUCUUCUUCCGAGUUUGUAAAUCCUUAUGGAGAAGGUUCAUCAUCACCGGUUGGUUCCGAUGCUUCGUCCGAUAGGCUUUCUCAGUUCGACACAGCUCGAACUUAUACCGGGUGGAACGAGUUCUAUUGGCAGAACGACAAUGGCGACAAGGAAGAAGACGAGUUCAUGUCUCCUGCAUUCAGAGAAUCCGAUUUCUUCAUCUGUCCUGAAGAGGACAAGUUCAUAAUGUCUCCGGAAACCGAUAACCAAUACGAGAACUCUCGAGGAGUGUAUGAUAAAUCCGAAGGGUCUCAGGCUGAAACUAGUUCGGAUUAUCUAGACAAGCCCUGUCUUCUUAACAUGUUGUCCAAGAGCGAGACUUGUAAUGAAGAGGAUGCCGAGAAUGGUUACGAUCUUUCUGAUAAGUGUACCGAUCGAGAAAGAGGGUACCUCGACGAUGAUGAUGUGGAUCCGUUUUUGUAUUGUUACGACGGUCCAUUAGGAAAAGACGAUACCAGGACACGUGAUCAGGAAAAGGGAAUUCUUUCCGAUGAAAAUGUAGAUGAUAUUAAGGCCGGGACAGAGGAAGAGGCAGACGUUGCCGAUGAGAUUCUCUUACCCGGUAUAUACGAAGACGAAUACGAAGUAUUCGAUCUCCGAAUCAUUCACCGGAAAAACAGGACGGGAUUCGAAGAGAAUAAGGAUCUGCCCAUCGUGCUAAACUCGGUCAUCGGAGGCAGAUACCACGUUACGGAAUAUAUUGGUUCUGCUUCGUUUAGUAAGGUUGUCCAGGCUCAUGAUCUCUGCAACAAGAUCGACAUCUGCUUAAAGAUAAUCAAGAACGACAAAGAUUUCUUCGAUCAGAGUCUAGAUGAGAUUAAGCUCUUAAAGUAUGUCAAUAAACACGACCCGUCCGACGAACACCACAUUCUACGUCUCUACGACUAUUUCUACCAUCAGGAACAUCUGUUUAUUGUAUGUGAACUCCUCCGAGCAAAUUUAUAUGAAUUCCAGAAAUUCAACCAAGAAUCUGGAGGGAAACCAUACUUCAACAUGCAAAGACUGCAGAUUAUAACCCGUCAAUGUUUGGAAGCAUUGGUGUACCUUCACGGACUGGGAGUCAUGCAUUGCGAUCUGAAACCCGAAAAUAUACUGAUAAAGAGUUACAAAAGAUGCGAGAUAAAGAUCAUAGAUCUCGGUAGCAGUUGCUUCCGGACCGACAACUUGUGUCUAUACGUACAAUCGCGUUCCUAUAGAGCUCCCGAAGUGAUUCUCGGUCUUUCGUACGAUGAAAAGAUCGAUCUCUGGUCUUUGGGUUGUAUCAUAGCUGAGCUUUGCUCGGGUGAGGUUUUGUUUCCGAAUGAAGCGGUAGCGAUGAUACUGGCUCGGAUGGCCGGAAUUCUCGGCCCUAUAGACCUGGAGAUGCUGGAGAAAGGGCGGGAGACGUAUAAAUACUUCACGAACGAGUAUGAUCUUUAUCACGCCAACGAGGAGGGCGAUGACGUGGAAUACAUUAUUACAGAGGAAUCUACGUUGGAGGAACAUUUAAAAGUAUCUGACACAUUGUUCGUGGAUUUUGUACGGAAUCUGCUCGAGAUGAAUCCUCUCAAACGCCCUUCUGCUACCGAGGCUCUUCAUCAUCCAUGGCUCUCUUUCUCUUAUUAAUCUCGCUUUUUUUUUUCUCCUUUUACAAUGAAUUAUAAAUUGUAUAUUGCAUACAUUUUUAUGUGCAAAAUAAGAUGAAUUGAAUAUA